AUGGGAAGGCAGCCGGAGACGCGUGAACAUUACCGGCUUGUUCUCAAAGAGUCCGGCGUUUCUUUGCGGCACUUCGCCACUCGUAGAGAGCUCCUCAGCGUCUUAAUCGAUGCCGUCGAAGCGCAUAAGCGUAUGUACGGUAUAGAUGUGUUACACCGCGACAUACGCUUCCAUAACAUCAUGAUCUCAACGUUCGAGAAAGAGAAACCGGGAGAGCGGCCAGGUCGCUUGCUCGACUGGGACUACGGCAAAACUCUCACACGGCCUACCACAGACGAUCCGGAAGAGUAUAAGAACCACCAUUCAGGUACAUUACCAUUCAUGUCCGUGCAUCUCCUUCUCGGCGAUGAAUCCACCGAGCACAAGGUACACCACGACUUGGAGUCGUUCUUGUACGUGCUUUGUUGGGCGUGCAUCACGCUCGAAGGCCCGGGUCAAUAUCGACGGUCUUUCGAUAUCAUGAAGAGUCAACUCAAGUUUUGGCUUGUCGGCGACACCGUACAGGGCGUAGCUUACUCCAAGCUUGGGCAUCUGCUGUCUCGCUUUGAUAACUUACUCGCGGACUUCCACCCGUAUUUCGAGCCCUUGAAGGAGACGGUCAGGAACCUUUGGGGCACUUUCCAUAUGAGCCAAUCAUUUGGUCCGGACUAUGUCCCGCCGACAUACGACGAGUUCCUCGCCGUCCUCAAAGUUGGCCGUGAUGCCUUGCCCCUCGUGGACGACCCACCGCCGGAAAACUGA